AGCUAUUAGUCUAAACUGAAACCUAUUGGUGCUGAGUAAAUUAUCAUGAUCAUUAUGUCAAAGUACAGAAAGUUAAUUUGGGUUACGUAAUUGUUGAUGCAGUACUUGCUUUGCGGCACAGCGUGGUUUCUUAGCCCAUUUUUAUCUAGUAUCUCUGGUGGAGGUCAGCGAGAGAAAGCAGGGAGUAAUUUACUGUACUGUAAAGAAUGACAUGAGUCAAUGAACACUGAUUGAGUGUUUUCGAAGACAUUAUUUUUAAUGAAGAGGGCUAAUACGUAGCUGAGUAUUUACCAGUAACCAGACAUAACUAACUGAGGGAUAGGUCUAAGUUAGUCAACCUGUCAAACCUCUAAGCCGGCUCGGCUAAUUUAGGCUAGCUAACGCGGGAGCUAGCUAGUAUUCUGCUUAUUUUGUCAUUGUUCAGAAAACGUGUUACUUUCUUUGGGCUGUAUUUUUUUAAAAAUGGACAACAACGGACCAGGAUCAAGCGGGUACAAAGGUGGAUUCGGGAGCCUAUUGGGGGGCGCGUCCCCCGAAUAUUCUCACUCUGAGCUCGCCGGGGUGCCAUUAACUGGAAUGAGCCCUCUUUCCCCCUACCUCAAUGUGGAUCCUCGUUACCUGGUCCAGGACACCGAAGAGUUCAUCCUGCCCACCGGCGCCAGCAAGACCCGCGGCCGAUUUGAACUGGCCUUCUUCACUAUUGGGGGGUGCUGCAUCACUGGUGCUGCGUUUGGUGCAGUCAAUGGACUUCGCAUGGGCUUGAAGGAGACCAGGGACAUGACCUGGGCCAAACCACGCAAUGUGCAGAUCCUUAACAUGGUGACGCGACAAGGAGCAUCAUGGGCAAACACACUGGGCUCUUUGGCCCUGCUGUAUAGCACAUUCGGCGUCGUGAUCGAGAAGGCCAGGGGGGCGGAGGACGACAUCAACACGGUGGCGGCGGGGACGCUGACGGGCAUGCUGUACAAGUCCACAGGUGGCCUGCGGGGCGUGGCCAGGGGAGGCCUGGUGGGCCUGGCGCUGUCGGGAGCGUACGCCGUCUACAACAACUGGGACCACCUGACGGGAGGUUCGGCCAACCACUUCUGAAAACUCGGCAUGCUGGGACGUUGGAGGACUGGCCGGCCGACCGACGUUCAGAGAACAUGACUGGAACUUAUCCCUUGCACACUCACCACGCUAGCUCUGUGCCCGCACCAUGGAGCAUGAAUGGACCCUAGGAAACCCAACACUUCAGCUCAGGGGCAGUAUUAGCUGUGAAAUGAAAUCAGCCUAUGGAUUUUGGGACAAGUCUGUUUUUACCGGUUUUAAUUUAAGCGUGCAAAUCCAUAUGUGAAUUCUACACCGCGUCAGUGCGUUUUUUUGUUUUUUUUUUCUUUUUACGGAUGAAGGUCAAAAGUUUUUGUUGUUUGGAGGAAAGAAGUGACGUUUAAAAAUGUCCAAUCGGAGAUCGGUGGCAGAUUGGAACUGUUCUCACGGUUGCCGUGACAACAGACACAGAGGUCCAUGUAACUUGUGCAGUAUUUAUGGUAGUUGCGAUGAAAGCGAUCCAGAUCUGCGCCUGCAUCAAGACGUGGAACGCGGCACAUGCCGGUGGGUGAACGACUGUUAGACCGCAGUCUGCGCUGCACACAAAAAGCCUUACGGUGAAGAUCGCUGGUGACGUCACAGACUGCAGUGUGGUGUGAUAUCUUUCAGACGUAACUGGUCCAUCAUCUUUGUGCAUUAUGUUGUCACCUUGACUGUGUGUACUGCAGUUAAAUAAAAAUAACAGUACGUUGGACAAUGUU